CAGCAACAUGUCGUAGUGGAUGCGCGUUCUUUGCGCAGCAACAACUCCCGCGAACACUCCCGAGCUGGACGAGUCCACUUUCACAGACGAAUAGAGCCAAGUCAUGAGUGCAGAAGACCCAAACCCAGCCGCCACACCCACUCCCUGUGAAGACACCCAGGGAGAUGGACGAUGGAUGUCUCUGCACAACCGCUUCGUGUCCGACAGCAAAGACAAAGAACCUGAUGUCUUGUUUGUUGGAGACUCUCUUGUACAGCUCAUGCACCAGUUUGGGAUAUGGCGGCAGCUGUUCUCCCCUCUCCAUGCCCUCAAUUUUGGGAUCGGUGGUGAUGCAACACAACAUGUGCUGUGGAGACUGAGCAACGGCGAGCUGGAUAACAUCAGCCCAAAGGUUGUGGUGCUGUGGGUAGGAACUAACAAUCAUGGUCAGACUGCUGAACAGAUCUGUGAAGGCAUCAUGGCUAUUGUCCAAGUCAUCAAGAACAAGCUCCCACACGCCCGGACACUUGUGCUUGGUAUAUUGCCCAGAGGUAAAUCGCCAAAUCCUCUGCGGGAGCGAAAUGCCAAGGUGAACAUGCUGGUCCAGGAGGCUGUAUCGUCACUCCCCCACGCCUCUUUCUUCAACGUGGACCCAGGCUUCGUCCAUUCCAAUGGUAGCAUCUCCCAUCAGGACAUGUACGAUUACCUUCACCUGACCCCUCAGGGCUACCAGGUUGUGUGCGAACCCCUGCACGCCCAUCUCAAGUCCAUGCUAGAAAAGCCUGCAGAGAACUGAGCAACAAGGGCUCAAAAUCACACUACCACAGUGGUCCUCAUCCCUGUCCACAGAGAACAUCACAAUCAGCCUAUAAACACCUUGUAUGAUGGAUCAAAUCAAUCACUUGGGGCUAAGAGCUGCAAAAAGUAUUUGUGUUAGUCCUCUUCAUGGCCAGGGUUGAUGACCACUGUUACAGAUAAUGGGACCAUAAAGCUUAUUUUUGUGUUUAUGAUGCAGUCAGAA